AUGAGAUCCAUCAGCUCAUCCGGAUUCGGUGUGGCCAGGCUGUUCCUGCUUGUUGCAUUAUGUGCUGUGCUGCUUCCGGUGCCGAGCUCGUGCCAGGUGACAUUUUCCCGCGAUUGGAAUGCGGGAAAGCGUGCGAUGCCGGAUUCGGGUAUUAACGGAGUGACCGAGUGUUCUGCCAUCUGGCGUUCGGUGAACAACUUAUGCGCCGCAGUAACGAAAAAUAUUCAACAUUUAACGCUGUGUGAAACUCGCUCGCUGCUAAAAUCACUGCAAACGGACGAAUCGUCGAUGGAGAGCACCAGCGGGAAUAACUUGCCUAUGUUUUCCAACAGUCAUAUCUAA